UCAUUAUUUUCUAAAGAUAUUAUUUUGCUCGUUUUAAAUGCAUAAAGAUUGUCGAUUUAUCAGUGACCUCGUGCUGGUAAACUCUCCACAAGUUAUGUAAAUUGAUGUAUUCCCAAUUGGGUUAUCACCAAACUCGAUCCCAGUCAGUGCAAAUCUUUAGGUGCCACACGAUUGGUCGUUUAACUUGAGAUAUUUCGUUCCUUAUUUUUUUACUUGAUUUACAACCAUGAAUAAGGCAAUGCUGCUGCUGCUUAUAGUCCUCACUGCAGCCAUAGUGACAGACGCCAGAUCAUGCUCUGCCAGGAAAAGCAACCGCAAUUGUGACAAUGAUAGUGACGACAAGAAGAAAGACUGCGACUCGUCCUCCUCCUCCUCGUCCUCGUCAUCUUCGUCAUCAUCAUCAUCGUCAUCAUCUUCAGAGGAAGACGAUGAUUGCAAUGGAAAGAAAGAUGACUCCUCGUCCAGCUCCUCGUCAUCAUCAUCAUCAUCUUCGUCAUCAUCAUCAGAAGAAGAUGGCAAGUGCGAUGACGAUGAUGACAAUGACUCAAACAAUCAUCAUCACAAAAAAUCGAAGCACAUGAAGAGUAAGAGAUGCAGCAAAAAGUGAAGAAGAGUGAAGUUGUAUCAAGCAGACAUUUUGUAACAACAAUAUAUACGUAACAUACUUAAUGAGGUAGCAUUUAGUACAGAAUUACAAUUAAGCAACUCGGUUUUGUACACGUUUUUGAAGUAAAAUAAAGCUAAAUGGUUGGAAUUGCAUUGUA